CAACAACAAUCUUUAAUACUAUGGCACUGCGACACAUUGCCACAAAGAAUGCUCCAGGCGCGCCAAUCCCAGGACUGUUCGCUCAGGGCGUAAGGGCAGGUCCGUUCUUAUGGACUCAAGGUACUCUAGGUGCACUUCCAGACGGCACUAUGGUUGAAGGGACCAUCCAAGAUCGUACAAGACAAGUCAUUAAGAACAUUGAAGCAGUGCUAUCCGCUGAUGAGAUGACAUUAAAAAAUGUGGUGAAAGCAACCAUUUACAUCAAGAAUUUUGAUGAAAAUUUCCCUCUAGUUAAUCAGGUAUGGGAAGAAAUGAUGCCCGAGCCACGUCCUACCCGGAUGUCAUUAGGCGUUGCUCAAUUGCCGGCAAAUACAGAUAUAGAAAUGGCAAUGAUAGCGUACAAAGUUUAA